CAUAAGAUGGGGCCCUACUACUACAGCCUGGGAUCCCAGAUACUAAACUUUGACACCCCGGAAAACCCAGAUAUUGCACAUACGCUGCUACAGACCUUUAUCGGUCGGUUCAGACGGAUAAUGGACUCUUCCCAGAAUUCCUACAAUGAGGACACAUCUGCACUGGUUGAACGUCUGGACUGUCUGGAGAAAGGUCUGUUUAGAUCUGGGCAAAGAGGACUCAACGGUUUCCAGAGCUGGGAGAAGGGUCAGGCCACACAGCUGACUGCCUCUAGUCUGGUUCUCAACUACCGCAAGAGGAAGAUUACCAAUAUGCAGCCCUGACCCCGACCUGUAGUUAAAGAAUGCCAAACACUGGUCAGAUUUUUUUCAGUAAGUCAGAGCAAGGCAGCAACAGACUCUUACUUACUUGUGUUUUCUUUGCCCAUGGACAACAACCCUGGAAACAUUAUAAACGUGUUUCCUACUUGUUGUGUCACAUUGCUCAAUAUUCAAUAUAUAUUCAAUAUAUUUUGAUUAAUUGUUUUAUCAUAUAGCAAGUAAAGAUAAUGUUUUCUUCUUUGGUAUAUGUAAUGUAUCAGUGAUUUCUAAAUUGCCAAAAAUAUUAAAGGGUAGCAAUGUUCUUAGACUGAAUAAAGCAAAAUCACCUGUUGACAAAUCUUUAAGUCCUGAUUUUACAAAUAUUUACAUAGGAUUGUUUCAUAGUCUGUUAUUUCAGUAUCUACCUGCCACAAUUUUUACUGCUUGGAAUACAUUGGUCUUUAUGAAAGUCACACUUCGUUCCCAUUCAAAAUGUAAGCAUCUGUCUCUUAAUUGUCAUCAUGAAUACUAUGAAGAGCCUAGCCACAGCAUGCAAUUCGAUU